GGAAUGAUGACCGAGAUGGAGCGCCUCUGCCUUAUCAUGUGCCUGGUAGGUGUGGGCAACACGGUCGCUGCAACGUUGCAAGGCGCCAUGUUCAAGAUCUUCAGCGAGCGACAAGCCAGGAAAUUCCGCAUCCAGUACUUUGACUUGGUGCUGCACCAGGAUGUGAGCUGGUUCGAUCUCAAGGAGAUCGCAGCGCUGCCGGCGGAGAUCAACGAUGACCUGGAGAAGAUCCAAGACGCUUUCGGCGACAAGUUCGGGAACGGUGUGAUGUCGGGGUCGGCGUUCAUCGGUGGUUUCGCCUGUGCCUUUGGACUGGGCUGGCUGGUGGCGCUGGUGAUGUGCGCCAUGCUUCCCUUCAUGGGCGUGGGUGCGGCGAUCAUGGGAAAGGCCGUGCAAGAGAUCCAGAUGGAGUCGCAAAGUUGGUAUGCCAAAGCGGCCGCCGUGGUGGAGGAGUGCCUCUUCGCGAUGCGCACGGUGGUCGCCUUCGGUGGUGAGUUCCGAGAGCUGAAGAAGUUCGGAGAGGCGCUGGUGCACACGCGUCGAGGUGGUGUGCGAAAUGGCUUCAAGAUUGGAGCUGGCAUGGGCUACACGAUGAUUGUGCGCAGCAGGGGCGAAAGCUGGGAUUCCGGUGCUUCAACUGGCCUCCUUUCGCGUUCUUCAUAUGGAUUUUGUUUUUUAAAUAUGCCUGUAAUUAUCCGCCUUAUAUAUUCCUUCAGCUCGGCAUGUCACCCUGCUCACGACACGCCGUGUCCUGUGUUUCCGCAGCCACUGCAGGUGGUCUUCUUCGGCUACGCUUUGGCGUUUUGGUUCGGCAUGACCUUGCGCUACAACGGAGCUUUGAACCCCUCCACGGGGAAAGAAUGGCAGCCCGGCAACAUCAUGGCCAUCUUCUUCUGCGUCUUCAUUGGCAGCUUCAUGGUGGGCAAUUUGGACCCCAGCAUCAAGGCCAUGCAGGCCGCACGCAUGGCAGCCGGCCGUUUCUUCAAGGUCAAAGAGAAUAAGCCUGCUAUCCAGUGCUAUGGUGCGGAUGGUCGACAGGAGAUCUCCAGCAUUGAGAAAUUUGAGUUCCAGUCGGUUCACUUCAACUACCCAGCACGCCCUGAAGUGAAGAUUCUGAACGGUCUGUCCCUCACCGUGCAGCGUGGGCAGAAGGUGGCCGUGGUGGGCGAGUCCGGCUCGGGCAAGUCCACCGUCAUGGCACUGAUGGAGCGCUUCUAUGAUCCAGCCUCCGGUGUGGUGAUGGUCAAUGGCCACGAUAUGAAGACCUUUAAGAUCAGCUCUUUGCGAAGGUGCAUUGGCUACGUGGGACAAGAGCCCGUUCUGUUCGCCAGCUCCAUCAAGCACAACAUCAUGCAGGGCAAUCCAGAUGCCUCCAAGGAAGACUUCAUUCAAGCCUGUGCGGAUGCACAGCUGAACUUCGUGGACACCUUGCCGGAGAAGUACAACACCUUCGUGGGAGCCGGGGGUGGUCAACUGUCAGGUGGGCAGAAACAGCGCAUUGCCAUUGCCCGAGCCCUCCUCAAGAAGGCAUCCUUCCUCUUCUUGGACGAGGCGACCAGUGCAUUGGACAACACAUCAGAGAAGAUGAUUCAGCAGACCAUUGAUAGCAUCAGCUCCAAAUCCGAGAGUGGUCUCGGCAUUGUGAGCAUCGCCCACCGUUUGAGCACGGUGCGCAACGCAGACCUGAUCUACGUGCUGAGUCAGGGAUCGCUGGUGGAGAAGGGCAACCAUGCGAGCCUCAUGGACAAGAAGGGUACCUACUAUGCGCUGGUGGCUGCCCAAGAGUCCUCGGAGAAGAUGGAGGAGAAUGACCAGCCAGGGCUUCCUCAUGAACACACCUCGGCGAUCCUGCAGAGGAGGGAUUCGGAACAUAGCGCUGAAUCGGAGACGGCACGCGUGCAACGGGAGAAGAAGGAAGAAGAGGAGCGAGCGAAGAAAAUCGAGAAGGAGUACAAGGUGCCCAUGUCGCGACUGUUGAGCUACAACCGUCCCGAGUGGCCCUUCUUUGUGCCAGCGGUGUUGGGCGCAUUGCUGGAUGGUGCUGCCAUGCCGGUUUGCACGGUGGCACUCGUUGGAUCGAUGGAUGCCUUCUUCAAACCCGACAAGGAAGAGAUGAAAGCCGAGCUGGAGUUGAUGGCUAUCAUUUUCGUCAUCAUCGGCGUGAGCUGCUUGAUCGGGAGCACCAUCUCGCAUGGCUGCUUCUCCAUUUUGGGUGAGGCGAUGACCCAACGCUUGCGCGUGGCCAUUUUGACGUCCAUGUUCCGCCAGGAGGUGGGCUAUCACGACAAUCCUGAGAACACCCCAGGUAUGCUGUCCAAGGCAUUGGAACUGUGGGCCUUCCGGGUGGCCACCUUGUGCAAAUCCAUUCAAGCGAAGGCUGCUGCCAUGAGCUCACUGGUGGUGGGCUUGGUCUUGGCUUUUGCAUACUGUUGGCAGAUGUCUUUGGUGAUGUUGGGUUCCAUCCCUGUCAUGAUUCUGGCGAAUGCCAUCCAGAUGAUGGUGCUGCUGGGUGCUUCGAAGAAUGAGAACACGAACCUGAAGAACGCCCAGCAGAUCGUCACCGACUCGGUGAUGAACGCACGCACCGUCCAAGCCAUGGGCGUGGAGAAGUCGUUGGUGGCGAUGUACGUGGGUUGGGUGGACAAGUCCGUGCACGGCAUGUGUCGCCGCAACUUCUUGGCUGGCUUGGGCUUCGGAGUUGCCUCAGGCAUUAUGUUCUUCAUCAUGGCUGGGGGCUUUUACAUCGCCUCCAUCCUGAUCAGAGAUGGAACUGCGGACUUCAGGGGAGUCAUGAUGGCUUUCAUGGGCAUUUUCUAUGCUGGCAUGGGCGCAGGACAAGCCGCCGUGAUGGUUGGAGAUGCCACCAAAGCCAAGGUCGCUUGCCACGACAUGUUCAAGCUCAUGGACCGAGUCUCGUUGAUCGAGGGCUUGGAACCUCGGGGCGACUCGCCGCCAGGGCUGGACGCGGGGACCAUCGAGUUUCAGGACGUCAAGUUCUUCUACCCUUUCAGGCCUGACAUUCAAGUCUUGAAGGGCAUCACGUUCAAGAUCACCGCCGGGCAAUCCGUCGGUUUGGUCGGCCCGUCGGGUGGAGGCAAGAGCACCGUGAUGUCAUUGCUGCAGCGUUUCUACGAUCCAGUGGAGGGCACCGUGUACAUCGGCAGCGGAAAGAUGCCGUUGAGCUCACUGAACAUCCGCUGGUGGCGCAAGCAGAUUGGCUUCGUGGGGCAGGAGCCGAUCCUCUUCAACACGACGGUGAAAAACAACAUCAUGUAUGGUUUGGACGAUGACGACAAGCCACCCACGAAGGAGUACAUUGAGCAGUGUGAGCAGAUGUGCAACUUGGCCUUCCUCCACAAGAACGGCAACCGUGGCCUUGAGACUGAGGUGGGCCCCCGCGGCAGCCGUUUGUCGGGCGGACAGAAGCAGCGGGUGGCCAUUUGCCGUGCUUUGAUUCGAAACCCAGCGGUGAUGCUCUUGGAUGAGGCCACCAGUGCACUCGACACACAAAGUGAGGCAAUUGUGCAGACCGCGCUGGAGGCUGCGCUGAAGGGACGUACGUCCUUUGCGAUCGCGCAUCGGCUCUCCACCAUCCAAGGCUGCGAUGUGAUCCUUGUGAAUGCUGAUGGCCGAGUGGUGGAGAAGGGCAAUCAUGAGGAACUCAUGGCUCUCAAGGGCGUGUAUCACAAGUUGCAGAUGCAGUCUCAGAAGUGAAGACUCGGAGACUCUUGCAGUCUGGAGUCGGGCAGGUGGAGUCUGCGGUUUUGGUCUGUUUCCAUUGCGAUGGUUGUUUUUUCCAUCGCGAGUUCAGAGGAGAGAUCUUGCCACCAGGGAAAGCUUCGGGUGAUUUACUUGAGUGACGC